AUUUGUCGGCGCAGGGCUCUGUCUGCUGCUGCUACGAAGAAAAAAUGCAAUAUUUAUUUAUACAUAAAUUUGCAUAUUAUCAAGUUUAACAUAUUACAAAGAAAGGAAGAAAAUAUGAAAACUAAUUAAAGUUUUGUAGUUAAACAAAAAAAAAAAAAAAAAAAACACAAAAUACACAUUAUUACUACUAGUUUGUUUUUGGGGAUUUCGUUUGUUUUUUGCAAACAAGAUGUUACCCUAUCGUGGUAUACCAGCUGGCUACGAGGACGAAAAUGAUGAGGAUGAUUUGGAUUUAAUGACGUAUUCUACACAAAAUUUAAAAAUUACUGUGGUACCUGAUAUAACCACAGCAGCUGGUUUGAAUGGCCAAAAUUUCGAUUGUAAAUUAAGUCCUGACAUGGAGCAAUGGUUUGAGGAAUUUCGAGAGACGUACAAUAAAUGUAAACGUACUCCUGCUACACAACAUCAAUUAAAAUUAGUACUCUCCAGGGAUCCUCUACCCUUGCUACAGGCAUUAAAACUCUUUGCCUCCAGUCCAGGUUGUAAUUAUUUAAAAAAUAAAAAUAUGGCUCUAUUUAUACUUGAAACUGUUUGUGAACUUUAUAAACAGCAUCCAACUAUAGAAGCAUCUUGUGAUGACAAUACACGUAUGGUGGCUUUUAAUUUUGUGAAAACUUGUGGCAUAGUACCACUCUAUAAGGCUGUGACAGAAACGUAUCAAUUACAAAAAAUCCAACAAUAUUUAAUACCAAAAUUACAAACUCUACAGGCUGAAGGAUAUUACAAAGAUGCUGCUUAUUGGUCUAUAUUUCUAAAUGUUACACAUAUUUUUGGUUUAUUUGAUCUCAUAUUGCCGUUAAUAUUACAAGAUAAAAUUUCCUUAGCUGAGGAAUUUUUAAAAGUAGCCCAUGAGCAACAAUUACCUACAGUACAAUUUUUGGAUGCUUUGUUAGAUCGCAAAAAGACUGUGUAUGAAAAUUGUGAUGAAGUAUUAAAAAAAUAUAAAUAUUCAGAAAUUAAACAUAAUAUACUUAGUUACCGUCCUAUGUCCAAGCUGGUUACACGUUUAGCUAAGAAAUAUAAUAUAGACUUUCAAUAUACACCCAAUUUGAAAUAUUCAAAGUCAUGUUCUUAUUUACAUUAUCUAUUUCACAAAUAUCAAGAUGGUGGCAUGAGUUUUGAUUCUUGGCGUGAAUUGGCCCGUGAGGAAGCCAACAAAAGUAAAGCUUUACAAUUGGAUCUUAUUGCGAAGAUAACGGGUGCUGGCGAUUUGGAGGAGGCCACCUAUUGGGCACAAUUAUAUAAAAUUCCUUUAGAGGAAUGUCCCUUAGCAUUACAAUUAAAACUAGAGAAUCUCGAUAGUGCUACAAAGAAAAAUACCCAAAAAUCUAAUUCUAGCUCAAGUUCAAAUGAAUCCUGGGAUAAGGGAGCAGCAACACCUACGCCCAAAAAACAUAAACAUUACGCCUCAGCCUAUUUGAAAAAAGAUGAAUAUUUAUCUCUAAAAUUACCUGCUGAAUCUAUAGUGCUGGUGGAUAGUAAACCAAAGUUCCUAGAUAUGUUGUCAUAUUUAGAACAACAUUUACUCAUUGGUUUCGAUUCGGAGUGGAAGCCUUCGGUGUCAAAUGAUAAUCGUGUCUCACUCAUACAACUGGCCACCAUAGAAAGAGUUUAUCUGGUCGAUUGUUUGUCGCCCCAUUUAGAUGAACGUUUGUGGAAAUUAAUGGGUCGUAAAAUUUUCAAUAAUUUAGAAAUAUUAAAAUUAGGUUUCUCUCUACACUACGAUCUACAAAUGUUGCAUAAAUCUUUGCCAUUACAAUUGAAUCUCCAGGCUACAUCCUGCUACUUGGAUUUACGUGAUCUAUGGCGUCGUUUGAAAUAUAUGCAAAUUUCUCCCUUUCCCUAUGAACAAAUCUCGGUGGCGGGUGAAAGUCUUUGCGCCUUAACGGAAAUGUGUUUGGGCAAAAAGUUGGAUAAAUCAAAUCAAUGCUCAAAUUGGGCCAAUCGUCCUCUAAGACACGAUCAAAUAGUAUAUGCUGCUCUGGAUGCUCACUGUUUAUUACAGAUCUAUCAGGUAUUGACGGAGCUUUUACUGCGAACUGGCAUUAAUAUUGAUGCUGUGGUAGAGGAUAUUACCAACUCUAAAUCGGGUUAUUUGUUUCGCAUGAAAGGAAAAACUAGUUCGGGCAAUGCGGCUUCAAGUAAUCGGAGUUGGCAGCAAAAUGGCAAUGAAAUGGAAAGAAAUAAAUCGAGAGCGUUGUUUGGAAAAUCAUCCAACAUAAAAUUUCUUUGUGAUUCCAUGCUUAUUGGUCUAUCGAAAGAGCUACGCAAGCUUGGUCUCGAUUGUGUGGAAAUUCAUAAUAAUAUCGACAUCAAUCGUUAUAUCGAUAUGGCACGCAAUGAACAACGUUUUGUACUCACAAGAGACUCAAGAUAUUUAACAUUUUCAAGUGAUUUGCCGCAAAAUCAAUGUUUACAAAUACCCUCGGAUUCUGUAGAGAUGCAAGUACUUAAUAUCUUACAAUAUUUUCAAAUACAAAUCGAUCGGCGAUCACUCUACACACGCUGUAUACAAUGUAAUGGCAAUGAUUUUUUGCUAGCCAAUCGAAAUGAAAUGAAAUUAAUGCGUUUCUCACAAUUGCGUCGCAAUGAAGCCAAUGAUACGUUGCCACCUUAUGAAGAGAGUCCAGAGAAAUUGUGGAAACUACAGCGUGUUAACGAUCAUAUCAUUGAGACGAAGACCACUUUACGUGGUAAAUACAUAAAAGUGAAUCGUAUUAAUCCGUAUGUUCUAAACAAUCAAAAUUAUUUCUUUAUAUGUGAUAAUUGUGGUCUAUGUACUUGGCCUGAUGCCGUACAUUUGCAUCAAUCUGUUUUGGAAUAUUUAUAUCCAAACUCAGCAUCUGGUUAUGCCACUAGCAGUUACAAUACAAAUGUAUCCCAGUGAUAAAUUAAUAUUUAGAUGUUUUACCUAUUAAAUAUAUUAGCAAUUGAAUUUGCUAUAAUUUCCAUGAAUUUAUUGUAGAGAUUUAAUAAGUUUUUGUUUUAGUUUUUUUCUUUUGAAUGAAUGAAAUCAAAUCAAACUGCAAUGUGUGAUUAUUUUUUUUUAAUUUUGUUUUAAUUUCUAUACCUGAAAAUAUUUUUCUUAUUUUUUUCCAUCCUAACUAUAAAAAAAUAUAUUGUAAUAUUAUAUUUGAAUAAAGCUGAAUUGUUAUUUGUAUAAUGGAUAA